AUGAACAUCUGGCAGCCUUUUGGCAAACCAGUGAAGCGCGACCCUAUGGCCUUCUGCGAUUUUCGUACCGUCGACGAGAACGACUUCCGCACUGUGGUUGCCAACCUCCCGCCACCAGGGGCUGGAGAGUACGCCAACGUCUCACGAAAUAAGGCUCACAAGGGCAAGUGGGAAUACUCCGCGAACGGCGAGACGGCGCCUCGAUACGAAGUUACUAAUCUGGCGUAUAAUCCCGAACAGAAAUGGUACUUCGCUAGCGAGAUGACCACGGAAGAAGCCUGGAUCUUCAAGAUCUUCGACUCCAAGAAGGACGGUCGUGCGAGGUGUGCUGUGCACUCGUCCUUUCCGUACAAGGAUCAGCCAGACCAUGGAGAAGCAAGGACGAGCGUGGAGGUGCGUGCUUUUGUAUUUUGGGACGAUGAAGAGGUCGAGUAG